GCAUCGCAGAUGCAAAAAGGACAAAAUAACGCGCGAAAUCAGGACACUAAUACCCUCAAGUCACGCAUUGUUCUGUGGCUCAACAAGACCAUCACCGAAUCCAACCUGAACUUGCCGCCACUCGAUGGGGAUAACAAGAUCGGCUGCGGGUACGUCCACGAGCUCACUGGUAAGCUUAUACGACCUGCGUUGCUAGACUGGAGCGACACAUUGUACACAGUCAUCGCUGACGACGGGACAUCCACCACACGGCCUGUUCCUAUCAACGGGUUGCACUUCCCCAUGUUUCUGUGGAAGGGAUCAUACAACCCUGAUGUGCCAUGGGUUGGCUUCUGUCAAGGCUCCCUUCUUGUUAAGGCGUAUCACUGCAUUUUCAUCUCACCAUCAGCUGCCAACAGCAAGAAGGGAGAUCAGGCUCGAAGUACGCACUCCGGCAUCGCAGCAAUUUGUGGAGUCACUCAAGUCAAUCCAGCAUCCAUCGCAUACAUUGCUACCCAGGUAAAAUUCGCGCUGAGCUCGGAGCCCACUUUCAACAAAUACGAGAAGGCCUGCGAUAGCCAUCGAUUCUUCAACGCUCUCCUGGAUUGGUUCGAGCAUCCUGAUUUCAAGAUGUUCUCAAAGGAUCUCCUUCAGUGGUGGAAUUGGUGA